AUGACAGAAGGCAAGGAAGAAGAUACCGAGGAUGACAGUGAGAAUGAUAACAACGAUGACAACCGAGCCGACGCUGAGGAUGAUGGGGAACAACGUGAUGACGCUGAUGAGGAGGAGGUUGAAGGGAAUGGGGACGAUGACGAAGAGGAAGAGAAAGAGGAAGAGGAACAGGGAGAUGAUGAUGAAUUUGAUGGUAAAGGAGGUGAUGACGGAGAUGAUGACAGUGAUGGUGAUGGAGGCAACAAUGCUGCAACUGGCUUUCAGGGAGGACAAAACGACGAUAUGUAUGAUGACGAAGCUAGUGACGAUUCUUUGACCACUGCGCAGUACUAUCUUAAUACCAGGAGUAAAAGGGGCAGUACAUGUACAGGUGACAAGAGGAAAAAGAAGGAUGAUGCCGAUGUUUUGCCAACAGCAACAAUGGAGGAUGCAUCAGUGCCUGACUAG